AUGUCGCCUCCUCCGCACGGAGGUCAGCCCGCCCCGUCCAGCGCGUCCACGCGCUUCCUCGCGGCCUCGGUGCUUGCCUCCUGCUUAGUGCACCGCGCAGCACAGCACUUCCUCAACUCACUUUUCCCCCGGCUGGGCCCCAGUCAGAAGGCAGGUCCGCGACGUGACCCUGAGACGAAAGCGGAAGGAAGGCUCCUCCCAGAGCUUCGGGCGCUCGGCCCGGCUCACCCCACCAGGGCAGAGGGCCGAGCGGGCCGGGGGGCCCUCGGCCCCGCGGCUUCCUCCCUCCGCAGUGACCGGCCAGGACGGGGCCGUUUCACAAGCAGCGGCGCGGGGGUGGGGACGGAGGCCCCCCAGGCAGCCCGCGCCGGGGCGGGGGGCGCCGCUCAGGGCAGCGCGCCUACCUCGAGGCCCCUCGGGGUCCGCGGGCCGGGGCCGGGCCGCCGGGCUGUGCGGAAAGGCCGGCCGGGCCCCCGCGGGCGGUGCGGGUCCGCGCCGGCUGCUCUGCGGGCGGAGGGCGGAGGCGCCGGCGCCCCGGCCCGGCCGAUGGGGCUGCUCCCGCCGGCCCGCUGGCCCCCGCGGGCGCGCAGAGCCCGGGGGCGUCCCCGGCGCCUCUCGGGACCCUGGGAUCCCCCCGGCGCCGAGCCCUGCCCGGGCCCUGAGGCCGUCCUGAGGCAGCUCCUAGCCAACCUGUGGAGUGGCUGCGGGUGUAGACGAUCUGAGCCGCUCCAGCGGGCUGCGUGCGGGGCCGGAGGCGGGAGUGCGCCCGGCUCCGGACUCUGCGGUGAGGAGAGCCGACAGGCACCCACCCUGAGCCACUGGCAGCUGCUGAGGAAGGUGCAGCCAGGACCCCUACCUGAGGCCCUGCGCACGUGGAAUGACACGUGCCAGCCGGUGCUGGACCAACCGGACGUUGCAGUUGUAGAACCCUUCCGGCUCCAUCCUGACCAACCAGACUCUGCCCUCAUGGUGGACAAUGAGGUCAUCCAUGAUGCCCCAACCUGGACAUCAAGUGCUGCACCGACACCAACCUCAACCGGGUCAUCUCUGCCUCCCUGCUUUGAGGGUGCCCUCGACCUGGACCUCACAGGGCUCCAGACCCCCCCUGGGGCCCCGGUCACUGACUUACCCAUUGUCUUGGCUGAAAAGGCCGACCAGAGGAGCUCUCAGUGUCCGAGAUCACCAGUGCCUGCUUUGAACCCUCCAGCCAGAGGGUCAAGUGCAGCCCCCACCAUGGCAGACCCACGGUGGAGACGUGGUGCCCAGGACGGGAGCUUCCACAGUCGAGGCCAGGAACCCCUCCAGCCGGGGCUGGCCUCCCAUGACUUUCAAGGCAAGUGGGGAUGACGGGAGGGGUUGGCGGCAGGCUGUGGACCCGCUGAGUGAGGAGGGUCCUGCAGAGCUGCAGGCAUGAAAACAAAUGCACUGGGGAUGGGAGAAUCGGGCAAAUUCAGCUUCAGAGGCUGAAUUUCACUUAACAGACCCCACCCUGUCUGGAAUCCAGGCCUUCAGCCUCUGUGCCAGGGUCGAAUCUAGCUGAAAGUUAUAAAGUUUGCCUUUGUGAAAG